AUGGUCAGCUGUAUCAAUAGUUAUAAUAAUGACACCAUCCUCAGCUCCUCGGCUUCCCGCAUCCCUGGUGCAAUUUUUCUGGGAUUGGCAGCAACUUUGGGUUUACCUGGGAAUACAUUUAUUAUAUGGAGCAUUUUGUGGAAAAUGAAAGGCCGGGAAAAGUCGGUAACCUGCAUCCUAAUCCUUAACUUGGCAGUGGCUGAUGGGACAGUCCUUCUCCUCACUCCAUUUUUUAUUAUAUUUUUGGCCAAGAAGAGCUGGAUAUUUGGUAGACCUGCCUGUAAAAUUGCAUAUUACCUCUGUUGCCUUAACAUGUAUGCCAGCAUUUUUAUUAUUGCUCUUAUGAGCAUGGACCGGUUUGUAGCAGUUUUCCGACCAUACCUGGCUCAGUCUCUUCGUAAACGAGAUAUGGUGGUGAAGGUCCUCAUAGUCAUAUGGCUUCUAGCAGGGGCUUUGGCACUUCCAGCAUUCGCUUUCAGAGAGGUGAUAGAAAACAAAGACAUGAAUGCUACAAUAUGUGAACCUUGCCAUGCCAACCGUGCAGAGGCCAUCUUUCAUUACUCCUUUGAGACAUUGGUGGCUUUCUUACUUCCUUUUCCUGUGGUAUGUUUUAGCUAUAUGCUUGUGUUAAUUAAACUAAAAUCAAGCCGCUUUGGACAACGGUCAAGGAUAGAGAAGCUGAUUGCUGUCAUCUUGUUGACUUUUGCCAUCCUAUGGCUUCCAUAUCAUGUAGUCAAUGCUAUUCAGGUAACUGCCAAUCUCACCAGUGGAAAUAUGUCCGAGACUCUAGCAAAAGCAGCUAAAAAGAGCCGAGCUGGAGCCACCGCGUUAGCAUUCUUCAGCGCAUGUGUCAACCCUCUACUGUAUGCCUUUGCUGCUUCUGAUUUAUUUAGGGUAUUUGGAGUGGGCUUUGUAGCCAAGCUGCUGGAGGGAACUGUGGCAGAAAUACAAAAGCGGGUUAAAUCUCAACGUGAGCUUGUAAAAGGUCUUGUGAGAGUUGGAAGUCGGGCUGAGUCGAUGGACCUUGAAGUGAAAAACGGGGUAAAAUUAGAACCAUUGAAUGGGGACUGUGCAUGUAAUAGUUAA